AUGCCUAAAUAUUUUCCGCAACAGCAGGAAGAUCACAAACGGUUUCUAGACGUGCUUAAAGACGAGUUUGCAAAAAAAUUCAGUGAGCCUCCUACAGAAACCAAGACACCUGAUGACUACGAUCGACUCAAAGCCAUUGGUAAUGGAGCAUACGGUGAAGUAUUCUUAGUAAGAGACAAAUGUACGUUCAACUACCACGCGAUGAAAGUUGUUGAUAAAGGAAUCGUGGUGCAGAGGAAGCAUGUGAAGCACUUGAUACUUGAGAAAGAAAUUCUACGGUGUGUGAAGUUUCCAUUCAUUGUAAGCUUAGACUAUGCUUUUAAAGAUAAUAUGUAUUUAUAUUUUAUCUUGCCCUAUGUUUCUGGUGGAGAAAUGUUUACUUACUUACAAAAAUAUGGAAGUUUUUCUGAAAACUUAGCAAUAUUCUAUGUUGGUCAAUUAGUUUUGGCACUAGAAUAUCUACAUCAUUGUCAUAUAAUUCACAGAGAUAUAAAACCAGAGAAUAUAUUAAUAGAAACAACUGGAUACAUUAAGCUCUGUGAUUUUGGAUUUUGUAAAAUAAUAAAGAAAAAGACUUGGACACUAUGUGGGACUCCUGAAUAUUUAGCACCAGAGAUCAUUAUGUCCAGAGGGUAUAAUUUUGCAGUCGAUUGGUGGGCGGUUGGUAUUUUGAUUUUUGAAAUGGUUGUCGGAAAUCCACCGUUUUUUGCGUCAGAUCCCAGCAAACUUUAUGAGAAGGUACUGGAUGGCCAAUUUAAAUGUCCAAGAACGAUGACCCAAGAUUGCAAAAGUAUCCUUAAGGGCUUUCUUCAAGUGGAUCCAACAAGACGUUUAGGGACUCAAAAAGAAGGAGCUUUUGGUGUUAAAACUCACCCCUGGUUUAAAGACUUAGACUGGACAAAUCUGUUAAACCAGAAAAUAUCUCCACCGUUUGUUCCAGACCCACAGGGUCCUGGUGAGACUGGCAACUUCCCCGAUAUAGUUCAAACCAAGCUCCUAAAAAUCGACACGUGUCUUUUUGCGGAGGAAUUCAAAGACUUUUGA